UUUUUGCUUUCAACUGAAAUAUAAAUGGAUCUUCAGCUGUCACUUCAUCAAUAGUCGUUUGGUAACUCUGUUACAGAUCUAACGUGUAAAAUGCGGUUCCUGUUCAAAGUUUUCCCAUUGUUCGCCGUGUUGAUACUCCACGCAAAAUGUGAUACGCUUCAAAACACUACUAUCACUGUGGCUACGUUGCUCGAACGUCCGUAUACCAUGUUACGUGAGGAUGCCUCUUUAACCGGUAAUGCGAGAUAUGAAGGAUACAUAAUCGAUUUACUUGAUCUACUUGCUAAAAAUUUGGGUUUCAGCUAUGACGUGCAUAUCGUUGAAGAUCACAGGUAUGGUGCAAUGCAUAAUGGAGAAUGGGAUGGUUUAGUCGGUGAAGUACGCAGUGGUCGUGCGAAAAUCGGUGCCGCGGCUCUUACUAUCACCAGUCACCGCGAGACGGCAGUGGAUUUCACAGUUCCAUUUAUGAACUUCGGCAUUAGCAUACUUUACAAACGUUCAACUGAUGGCAAAGCCCUACCCUUUACUAAUGUAGAAGAACUUGCUGCAGCGGAAACCGUAAAAGUCGGUUGUGUUAUGGGUGGAGCAACUUACCAAUUUUUCAAGAACUCAGAUGUUCCAGCAUACAAACGCAUCUACGAACGCAUGGUAUCCGCUGAUCCCCCAACAUUUACAAGCACAAUUGAUGAAGGCAUUGAACGCGUAAAAAGUGGGGGCUAUGCAUUUUUCAUGGAAUCAAGGACUUUAGAGUAUGUUACGGAACGGAAUUGUGAUUUAACCCAGGUUGGUGGACUUCUCGACUCGAAAGGUUUCGGACUAGUAGUUCAGGAAGGAUCGCCUCUAAGGGAACAGCUCACGCGGAAUAUACUCGUAUUGAAAGAAUCCGGUGCGUUAUUGAGAUUGCAUUUGAGAUGGUGGAAAAACGAAGAUGGACGAAAAUGUUACCACUAAGAUGUAAUGUUACAUUGGAAAUAAAGCAAUAACUAUUCAAAUGA